AUGACCGCAAGUUCAGAUGCCUCAGAGAAAGACGUCACGGUACCGGUAGACGUCACGGCAAACGCCACCAACAACGAUGCUGAACGCGACCUCAGAGUUUGGCCCAGCGCCCAUGAUGAAGAGAUUGUAGAACAGACUCUCAAUGAUCCCAAUGGCAGGCCACAGGAAACCACCGAAAAGCCUGCUCUCUCCAGAAUCCUGUCUCGCCGUUCUGCAGCCUCCAUUGACCCAGGUCCCCCACCCGACGGCGGCAUAGUAGCCUGGACACAAGUCCUCUGCACUCACCUUACCAUCUUCAAUACCUUUGGCUUCUUCACUUCCUUUGGCGUGUACCAGACAUACUAUCAAAACACGCUCAAUAUUGCGCCCUCGACAAUCUCCUGGAUCGGCUCGAUGCAGGUAUUUCUUCUCUUCGGAAUCGGGACAUUUACCGGUCGCGCUACAGAUGCAGGUCUCUUCCGACCCUUGUACAUUACCGGGGCUGUCUUCCAACUCGUCGGCAUCUUCACCAUGGCAGAGAGCACUAAGCUUUGGCAAGUCUUCCUCAGUCAGGGUCUCUGUCUCGGCAUCGCGAAUGGUCUCCAAUUCUGUCCCUCCAUGGCCCUCGUGUCCACCUACUUUGUCCGCCGGCGCGCCUUGUCAAUGGGCUUCACAGCCCUGGGGUCUUGCACUGGUGGCGUUAUCUUCCCCAUCAUCGUACAGCAGUGUCUCCCUCGUCUUGGCUUCCCCUGGACAAUCCGCAUCAUCGGCUUCAUCAUGCUCGCUGCAAACCUCUUCACCAUUGCCUUCUACCGCACCCGGCUGCCGCCCCGUAAAGCAGGCCCUAUAGUCGACUGGGCGAGUUUCCGCGAACUGCCCUUUACCCUGUAUGGCAUCGCCAUGUUCUUUUCCUUUUGGGGCUUGUACUUUGCCUUUUUUUACAUUGGAUCCUAUGGCCGCAACGUCCUUGGCACAAGCUACCAGCAAUCCAUCAAUCUCCUGCUCGUCCAGGUCUGCAUGGGCUUCAUCUUCCGCGUGCUGCCGUCUUACUACGCUGACAAAAUCGGCGCCAUGAACGUCCUCAUCCCUUUCGCUUUUCUCUGCAGUAUCAUGAUGUUUGCCUGGAUCGGCAUCCACAGCGUCGCCGCACUGUACGUGUUUGCCGUCUUCUAUGGGAGUGGGAGUGCAGUCAUUCAAUCGCUCUGGCCUGCGUGCAUUGGCAAGAUGAACCAGACUCAGGAUUUGAAAAUGUCCGGGGUGAGAAUGGGCAUGUUGUUUACGGUUGUGAGUUUUUCGAGUUUUACGGGGCCGCCGCUUGCGGGCGCGCUGAUUGAAAAUAACGGUGGCGACUAUACGCAUGCGAAUAUUUGGGCGGGCACGAGUUUCUUCAUGGGGGCGUGCUUGUUGGUUGCGACGAGGUGGAGCUUGGUGGGGUGGGAUUGGAAGGCGAAGAUUUGA